UGUGUCUGUACGUCCAGUGGCUGGGUCUCAGCGGUUAGCAAUGCGCUUAUAGGGGGUCAGUACGUCCUGCGUUGUGAUCCGCGGAGGGAUACACUGGUGAGCAGGCACAGACGUAGCUUGUAAACAAAACUCAGCUGUUUAUUUAGCCUAGCAAUAUCUCCGGACUAUAGUAGCUGCAAUGGACAACUUUUAACGCGAUUUUGAAGAGUUUCUUGUAGCGGACACAGAUCCAGAGCCAUACCUGUUUGAGCCAGAGUACACAGAUGAGGAACUCCAUGUGUUGGAUGCUGAGCAGGUGAGAAGAGAGGCUGAAUCCUCCGCUCCCAUUUUGCUGCACAGAAUGGGAUUCGGUGCUACCAUCGUUGGGGAGAUAUAUCAUCAGGAGGAAAAGCGCCGCAGAGAGUGCAUCACAAGGAGUGAAAACUUUGCAGCAAUCACUAAUCCUGGCAUGAUUGAAACUUUUUUUUCAUGUUCCUAAGAUGAACUGGAAAAAAACGCUGCAGGCCUGCAGGAGCUGAUGGACAGCUUUCAGUCGGGAAUGGCAAUAUAUAAGAAUGGCUUGACCAUCUGCGCCCUUCUAGUGACUCUCACUAUUUUGGAAACAGGGAACUUCAAUGAUUCUUCAAGUCAGGUUUUACUGGUACACAAUGAAGAAGAACCCUUUCUACCUCACACCAGGGAGAAAAGGAAUGUGCCUACAAGCCAAUGGAAUUACAUCAUUGAUGUUGUAGUGAAUGCCUCUAAUGUAGAAACAUUUGAGCAGAUUCGGUCCUCAUUGAAUGCCACUAGUCUUCCCAGUCAACUGGAUAACAACACAAAGGUCUCUGACAUUAGCAUCACAACAGUGUGUUCCUCGACUGGAACUGGCUCCCUAUGCAGAUGUGAGGAACAUUUUGCUUGGCCAUACAGCAGCUGUGUCACAUAUGGAGCCUGUGAUCACUUAUCCAGUGGCAUCUGUAAAUGCAUCAAUGUCAUUCCAGCUGAUGGCCAGUUCUGUCAGCCAAUAUCAGCACUGCUAGCUCAGGUUGAGUAUGCAGUGGAUGUGGAGCUGAAUGUAGCAGAUUUUGAAACAGUGGACUACCUUAGGAGUUUCCUGGACAAUGGCAACGUCCCUCUGACCUUGGCUCCCACUGUGAAUGUCACACAAGUUGACAUCACCACUGUGUGUUAUCUAAAUGGUACCAACUCCCAGUGCCGAUGUGAGGAACAGUAUGUGUGGUCACAUGGAGACUGUAAUACGUAUGGAGCCUGUGAUGAGGUCAUUGACGAAACGUGUGGGUGUAUCAACAAUAUUCCAACCAAUGGGCGAUUCUGCAAGCCAAAGACAGCUCCCCCAGUUGUUUACGAAUACAUCCUUUCUGUUGAGUUGAACAUCUCAGAUGUCACACUAAUAAACCAACUCAGGAUCAUUCUGAAAAACAUCAAUUACCCCAUCAACAUCAACAACCAAAUACAAAUCAACAACAUCAACAUUUCUACAGUUUGCUCUCUGAGCAGUGGUGGUUACCAGUGCAGAUGUGAGGAGCAGUAUCUUUGGUCAUGUGACCAGUGCUUUACGUAUGGGUCCUGCAACAACAUCACUGAUGACACAUGUGGAUGUAUCAGUGCCAUUCCCCCUGAUGGAAUAUACUGCCAGCCUGCUGAUUGGAACAACUUCACAGCUUGUCCCCUAACAACAGUCUCUCCAUCACCAACACCAACAACUCCUCCAGUUGUUUAUGAAUACAUCUUUUCUAUUGAGUUGAACAUCUCAGAUAUUACAGUAGUAAAUCAACUGAGGAACAUUCUGAGAAACAUCAAUUACCCAAUCAGCAUCACCAACCGAAUACAAAUCAAUGAUGUCAACAUUUCUACAGUUUGCUCUCUGGGAAGUGAUGGUUACCAGUGCAGAUGUGAGGACCAGUAUCGCUGGUCAUGUGACCAGUGUUUCCUGUACAGAUCCUGUGACAACAUUACUGAUGACACAUGUGCAUGUAUCAGUGUCAUUCCUCCUGAUGGACAAUACUGCAAGCCUGCUGAUCAGCACAGAUUCACCUCCUGUCCUGUUGCAACACCCUCUCCAUCACCAACUCCUCAAGUCAUCUAUGAAUACCUCAUAUCUAUUGAGUUAAACACCACAGAUGUUACAGUAAUAGACAGACUGAGGACCUUCAGUUACCCAAUCAGCAUUAACGAUGACGUUCAAGUCUCUGACAUCAACAUUACUACAUUUUGCUCUCUGAGCAGUGGUGGUUACCAGUGCAGUUGUGAGGACCAGUAUCGUUGGUCAUGUGACCAGUGUUUCCUGUAUGGAUCCUGUGACAACAUCACUGAUGACACAUGUGGAUGUAUCAGUGCCAUUCCUCCUGAUGGACAAUACUGCCAGCCUGCUAAUCAGCACAACUUUACAGCUUGUCCUCUUACAACAACUCCAUCACCAACAGCCUCUGCAGCUCCUCCAGUUGUUUAUGAAUACAUCAUUUCUGUUGAGCUGAACAUCUCAGAUGUCACACUAAUAAAUCAACUCAGGACCAUACUGAGAAAUAUCAGUUACCCUGUCAGCAUCAACAACCAAAUACAAAUCACAAGCAUCGACCUCUCUACAGUUUGCUCUCCGAGCAGUGGUAGUUACCACUGCAGAUGUGAGGACCAGUAUCGUUGGUCAUGUGACCAGUGCUUUAUGUAUGGAUCCUGUGACAACAUCACUGAUGACACAUGCGGAUGUAUCAGUUCCAUUCCUCCUGAUGGACAGUACUGCCAGCCUGCUGAUCUGCACAACUUCACAGCUUGUUAUGAUACAACACCAACUCCAUCUCCGACAUCUCCUCUGGCUCUUUAUGAAUACAUCAUUUCUGUUGAGUUGAACAUCUCAGAUGUCACACUACUAAAUCAACUCAGGACCAUUCUGAGACACAUCAGUUACCCUGUCAGCAUCAACAACCAAAUACAAAUCCAUGAUGUCAACAUCACUACAGUUUGUUAUCCAAACGGUAAAACAUUCCAGUGCAAAUGUGAAGAACAGUAUCGUUGGCCCUGUCAAAUGUGCUCUACUUUUGGCAACUGUGAUGAUAUAACUGACAAUACUUGUGAAUGCAUCAAUGCCAUUACUCCAUAUGGGCUUUAUUGCCAGACAGUGUCCGAUCUCUUUAUUUGCCCAUCACCAAAUCCUCCAAAUGGUACAACAACUGCUGCACCAACACAGAACACUACCAUCUUAACACCAACCCCUACAGUCAUAACUGAUUCAACAUCUGUUGUGACAACAGAUAUGAACACCGCAACAGCUAAUACACCAACAGCAAGUCUAACUAGCUCAACAACAGUCUCUACAACAGCUGUGAACACAACAGCAGUUACAACAAUAACAACAACAACAGCUGUAACAAACUCAACAACAGUUGCUACCACAACAGCAGUUACCACAACACCAACAAUUAUAACAAACCCAACAACAGUCACUACCACAGCUGUGAACACAACAGCAGUUACAACACCAACAAUUACAACAAACUUCACAACAGUUUCCACCACAGCUGUGAAUACAACAGCAGUUACUAUGACACCAACAAUUAUAACAAACUCAACUGCAGUUGCUACAACAGUUGUGGACACAACAACAGUUACCAUGACACCAACAAUUAUAACAAACUCAACUGCAGUUGUUACUACAGUUGUGAACACAACAACAAUAAUAAACUCAACAACAGUUGCUACCACAGCUGUGAACACAACAGCAGUUACUACAACACCGACAAUUAUAACAAACUCAACAACAGCUGAUGCUACAGCUGUGAACACAACAGCAAUUACUACAACACCAACAAUUAUAACAAACUCAACUGCAGUUGCUACUACUGUUGUAAACACAACAACAGUUACCACGACACCAACAACUAUAACAAACUCAACAACAGUUGCUACCACAGCUGUGAAAACAACAGCAAUUACUACAACACCAACAAUUAUAACAAACUCAACUGCAGUUGCUACUACUGUUGUAAACACAACAACAGUUACCACGACACCAACAACUAUAACAAACUCAACAACAGUUGCUACCACAGCUGUGAAAACAACAGCAAUUACUACAACACCAACAAUUAUAACAAACUCAACUGCAGUUGCUACUACGGUUGUGAACACAACAACAGUUACUACGACACCAACAAUUAUAACAAAUUCAACACAAAUUGCUACAACACAUCCAAACACUACGACGACUACCACAGUUUCACUAACAACUGCAGUAACCAAUUCAACACCUGUUGCUACAACAGAUGUGAACACUACAACAACUGAUACGCCAAUAACACUUACAACAUAUACAACAGCAGUUGUCACAACAGGUGUGAACACAACAACAGUUCCCUCAGCACCAACAACUGUAACCUAUUCAACAACAAUUGCUACAACAGUUGCCACAACACCAAUGACAACUUCAACAACAGCUGCAACACCAGUAACAACUGCAACCUCUACCCCAGCUCCAACCACAGCUCUCACAACAGCAAGAAGCACCAAGGCUACUACCACUACUAUGAUGGCAUCCACCAAAGCCACUACCAGGGUUACUACUACUAUUUCCCCCACCACUACCCCCACAACUGCUACUGGUAGCAGUGCCCCUUCAACAACCAGGGCUUCCACUUCUGCACCUACAAUAACAACCAUGCCUCCUACUACAGCUGUUACAGGAUUUGAUGUGGAAAUGUCAGUCGAAUUAGACAAGGAAUACACAGCAGAAUUAAAUGAUGCAACAAGUGCAACAUACAAGGAUCUUGAAAGAAGGAUUAAUGCAGUGUUACAGAAGCAGUAUGAAGGACUCACAGGGUUUAUUGAUGUUUCUGUGAGCAGAUUCAGAGAAGGAAGCAUAAUCACAGACUUUGUUGUUGAGACAACUGAAGUUAUUGCGGAUGAAAUGGCUGAAGCAAAUGGAAAACUCCGUGAAGCAAUGCAGCCCAUUGCCACUGUCAUUGGCCCAGUUACUGCAUCAUACAACAGUACAACUACAAUCAGCUUUCCAAGCCUUACUUAUACUGGAAACACCAUGUCGCUGACGUGUGGGCCUCCUGAAAACAUUAAUGUAGGACUAAUCUCUGGUUCUGUGUGGAAAUUUCAAGGGAGGGAAAUUAAAGAGAGUGGAAGGCUUGAAGUAACUACUUCUAGCAUGAAGUCUGUGCUUACAGUUAAGAAUGUCAUCCUUGCUGAUAUUGGACAUUACGAAUGUACUCUGACGGGUGGAGUCAUAAAUUUCCACCAAAAUGGAGAUAUAACAAGAAAUGAAAUCAGACCAGCUCCCAUUGUACGACUACAGAGUAGAGUUAAUGUUAAAUGUGACGGGACAGAGGGACAAAAACCACUUCAGUGUUGCGUACAGUACCCCUAUAAGGUCAGGUGGUUUUUAGGCUCAACUGAUUUACCCUUAGAUGUCACUGUCACUACUAAUAAUGGAGAAACCUACUGCAUCACGCAUGAUUACCAGCUACAGAGCUGCAGCGAGUCACAGUCAAGACAAUUUACUUGUAAAGUAGAUGACCCUGAGGGUUACGAAAAGAUGACAAAUAUGAUAAUUUUCAGAGAGGAAUUUACAUGUAAGGAUCCACCAUAUGGGACUGGACGAGUAGACGACAUAUCAACCAUAGGAUGUGACAAUGGUCAAGAGGGGAGCAGGACUGCUGUCUGUCAGGAAACAGGAGAGUGGAACAUUUUGGAGGACACCUGCAUCAUAACACAAAUCAAGGAAUUAUUAAUUGAUUCAGAGGAUUUGGUUGUGGAUGAAGUACCAGUCUUUGUGGUGAAUCUAAGUGCCACUGUCAGAGAAGAAAAAACAGAAGUUGCAAAUUCAUCUGCAACCAUAUCAGCUAUUGUUGACAUCAUACAAAACAUUGCAACUGUUUCCACUGAGGAAGUCACUCGGCCUGUCAUAGAGAAUAUACUUGAAACAGUUGAUGUCAUCAUUGGUGAUGAUUCAAGAGAAUCCUGGGCAGUUCUGAAUGCAAAUCAAACUCGCAAUGCAAGCUCAGAAUUAUUGGCUUCACUCGAGUCCCUCUCUAAUGGGUUGGUCGGUGAGUUUGACUUUGCAACUGAACGGAUCCUGCUCAACAGAACCACAUUUAAUAACUCCUUCAGGGCUGAUCUGAACAACAGCAUCCUCAUAGACAUUCCAGAUACCAACUUGUUCAAUGUCUCUAUCACUACUAUCACCUUCUCCACCCUUUACAAUGUUAUGCCACCACGAAACUCCAGCUUUGAAGUCAGCCUCUUCAACACCACCAGUAACGACACAGUCACUGCUAAUGCCAUCAAUGCUGCUGUGGUGCUGGUCCAAAUAAAUGAAACAAUUAGGAAUGUUACGUUGAGCUAUGACAAGCUAAACAGUUCCCUUUCACUAUACCCACAGUGCGUCUUCUGGAACUUUACACUCUUUGAUAAACUGGGUGCUUGGGAUGAUAAGGGUUGUACGUUUGUUUCCGACAUAAACAACACCGUAACCUGCAGCUGUAACCACCUCACCUCCUUCUCAAUUCUGAUGGCAACAGACAUCCCUCAAGACCUGAUACUAGCCUUGGAUAUAAUCACUUAUGUUGGAGUUGGGAUAUCUCUGGCAAGCUUAGUUGUAUGUCUCAUUAUUGAAGGAUAUGUUUGGAAAGCCAUUACCAGAAAUAGCACUGCCUUCAUGCGCCAUGUUUCCAUCAUUAACACUGCCCUGUCCCUGUUGAUUGCUGACAUCUGUUUCAUCAUUGCUGCCUCAAUUGCUAAGAACCCCCUUGAAAACCCAAAGGAGGACUAUACAGUUUCAGUUGGACCAUGCAGCACGGCAACAUUUUUUAUGCACUUUUUCUUCCUUGCGCUUUUCUUUUGGAUGCUUGUGUCAGGCCUUCUGCUCUUUUACCGGACGGUCAUGGUUUUCUCCCACAUGUCCAAGUCAACCAUGAUGGCCAUUGGCUUCACUUUAGGCUACGGGUGCCCUCUGAUGAUAGCUGUUAUUACUGUUGCUGUCACGGCACCAAACAAUGAAUACAUCAGGAGAGACCAGGCUUGUUGGCUAAACUGGUUCGAGUCCAUGGCCCUGCUGGCCAUGGUGAUACCUGCCUUGACUAUAGUUUUCAUCAACAUUUUAAUUGUAAUUGUGGUCUUGUUCAAAAUGUUGAGAAGGGGUGUUGGAGAGGCUGCUCAAACAGAUGAAAAGCAUACAAUGGUGGUCAUUAUAAGGUGUGUGGUCAUUUUGACUCCUUUAUUUGGACUGACCUGGUCUUUGGGAGUGGGAACCAUGAUAUCACCAACAGAUAGAGGAAUCCAUAUUGCCUUUGCAUUCUUCAAUUCACUACAGGGUUUCUUUAUUUUAGUAUUUGGGACACUGUUUGACUCAAAGAUCCGUUCUAUCCUCUCAAGAAAGUUACCUACAUCAAGCACAGGCUCUGGCUCUAACCCAACAAGAAGUACAAGUACUGGCAUUUCUUCUGUCAGUGGACUAAGCUGGAUAAGUCGACUGCGUGGAAGACGAUAUAUCUACCGCGUGUCAGAAGCUGCUAACUCAAGCAGUACUGGUGCAUCAGAGUCAUUCAUCAAUAUCUGAAUCAACGCAAACUGUACACAUAAAAUUAAUUUCAUUACUGAAUCAAAAGAUCUACCUUUUAUUGUACAAUUUCUCAGUACAUAACCAGAAACUUAAAAGCAUUAACUUCACUAGGGUGAUACUGUUAAAGCUGGUGCAAUAAGACUGGUCAGAAUAAAAUAGUGUGGCCCCAAAGAGCAUUAGAAGAUGUUUGGAUAGUGAUGUUAUUUCUGUGAUGGGAAGCUCUAGCAGGUAUGACUUAUCCGAAAUGUAAAGUUCAGUGACACAAUGUGGUGAAUAAAACUGUGAAAUGGUAUUUGAAA